AUGUCUUCGUCAUUAGUCGUUGUGCGUGGAAGUAGCAACGUUGUUGCUGCUGCGACGGAACGAGCGACCGUUGAGCGGUGCUUAGCAGUGUGUGCACAGGCACUAGCUUUGGUUGAUGCUGGAACAGGUCAUAUAGAAACACUCUCACUACUGCGCUCAAUAACGUUGCGGCAACGAGUCGACGAGGCAAUGAGCUACGGUAACCACAUGGCUCUGAGUAUGGCGAUUGGAUUGCUUUUUCUAGGCGGUGGGCGUGCAACUGUUUCUCGAUCGAAGGAGGCUAUUGCAGCACUUGUGGUCUCACUCUACCCGAUACCUGCAAUGAAUACGGCUGAUAACAAGUUUCAUCUGCAGGCUUUUCGUCACCUCUACGUACUAGCUGUUGAUACUUCACGAUUGCUGGAAACCGUGGAUGUGAGUACCAAGACUACCUCUGCAGUCAAAGUCCAGGUUGAUCUCUUUCCUAGCGAUAAUGGUUUAUUAGGUGAGACUCACCCUUCUUAUCAAGUGCUACGCAGUCCAUGCCUUCUCCCGGAUAUCACAACUAUCAAGCGUCUCAUUAUCUCUGAUCCUGACUUUUAUCCGAUUGAAAUUCUUACGUCGCUUGAUGAACACACACCCGUGGGCAUGAAGACAGUGAAAACAGCCAACUCAUUGCGGCUGGAUCUUUUGCGGAACAAGAAUGUGGUUUUUCUCAAACGCCGGCAACGAAAAAAAAUCGGGAGCUUUGCCGGUUCUACUGAUGACCUGAAGUUAUUGCAUGAAGUGCAGGAGGACCACAACGGCAGCAUCAACAGCGAGGACCGUUUGCGGAGGCUAUUUCAAUUGUACUUUACGACGGGUACUGUCGACGCUGCCGACGAUUAUGAGGAUAGCGAAGACGAUGGUUGCCAGGUAGAUGAUGCAGAUUGGGGAAGCAGUUGGUGGUCGUCUCAGCUGACCCCACGAGCACUAGAACAAGUAUCGGACGAGGCUCAGUUACUGUUACCACCACACCUUAAUGUGUUGUAUGCACUUUUUCGGCUUCAGCAAGUGCCACAUUUGGCAUGUGCCACGGAGGUCGUGAAUUUGAGCAUGUUUAGUGAGUACUGUCGUCUGGAUUUGUGUAUGUCACCGACGAGUGAGGAAGAAGAUUCUGAAGGCGUCAACUUGUCAGAAUUUGUAGUGAAGAGAGCUUUACUUUCCGAGUUUGGUGUGUGGCUGUCACAUCAACUGGAAGAAGCUCUUGGAGCACUCUGGCGCCGAACCUCGUUGGACAUUACUUCGCUGGCUUCGGUACGAGUUCAGCUGCUGGGAGAAGCGUCGAUGUCACCCACGACAAAACGAGCUCAAUCCACACUGGAUGCGUUCUUCGUAAAUAUGCUAGUUCGAUACUUUGCUGGUCCUUCGGUCUCGUCACUCCCGAUCGGAGAGCAGUCUCAACAUGCUGACAAAGAUUGGAAGGCCAAGUUUCAACGGGUAUUGGCCGCAUGUUCGCUUAUCCAAGCUCAGUCGGGGGGCACCUUUUCGCCAGCCCGAUUUCAGUUGUGUGCGUUUCUCGAUCAGGAUGAACUUACAAAGGGUGAAAAAACAUUCUGGUUGAGGCUCGUGUCAUUUUUCCUCUUUUCCAAUCGGCAAGUGAUGAUGAAGGAAUAA